UUCAUUUUCCUACAUCCCUUAUAGGUCAACCCCCCAUGUCAUCCCUUAUAGGAGUUUGACUACAUCCCUUAUAUAGGACUCUGUUCAUCACGGGUCAAACCAGGUGUUUGGGGUUUUGACCCACGGCUGACAGUCUCAUCCCCUGCUCCUGUGGUGCGGAAGAACCGAGGUCCAAUAGUCCUGCACGUGCCUUUCAGGCUUUCAUGCCACAAGGCUCUGGAGAGGCUGGUGCAUCACAAGGAGACUCCGGAAACGAGGGAACUGCUUCCAGUUCUUGGACAAGACAGCGAAGACCUUCAGUUGCAGCAUCGAGUGUGGCCGAGAACUGGUCGCCCGACUAUGCAGGCAGUGGUGGUCGAAGAGAAUCCUCUUUCAAACAAGAUCGUCGAGACUCUCAGGUAUUAGGUGAAUUUCGAGAUAUCUAUGCUCGCAGGGAGUCUCAAAUGUCUCAAGGAUCUGGAGUUGGUAGCAUGGGUCUCGGCUCUCUGCCUUUGAGUUCUGCAUCGGUCAGAUCGAAAGGAGGCACCGGAAGUGAGGGGACUGCUUCAGGUUCUUGGACAAGACAGCGAAGACCUUCAGUUGCAGCAUCGAGUGUGGCCGAGAACUGGUCGCCCGACUAUGCAGGCAGUGGUGGUCGAAGAGAAUCCUCUUUCAAACAAGAUCGUCGAGACUCUCAGGUAUUAGGUGAAUUUCGAGAUAUCUAUGCUCGCAGGGAGUCUCAAAUGUCUCAAGGAUCUGGAGUUGGUAGCAUGGGUCUCGGCUCUCUGCCUUUGAGUUCUGCAUCGGCCGCGUACCUGGCCGUCCCCGGGCCGCGCAAGAGCCAGCGGAGUCCGUCGGGCGUGUUCUCCGCGUCGGGAUCGGAGUUCAGCUUCACUUCCAGUGCCAGUCCCAAGAGGAUGGCUGGCGAGUUUGAGCGCUUGAUCCCCAAAGGAACUCCCAGCAAGGACUCGCCUUCACCCUAUACAAGCCCCUUCACGUCGCAGCAAUCCAGUCCUAGACGUAGCGCUGCAACCUCCAGUGACAAAGAUCGUUCUGCUGCGUCCUCCACCUCAAGACGAGGAUCGCGGAGAAAGUCCACAUUGAAGCGGGCUGGCAGCAACUUGCUGAAGGACGACAAAUAACACAAGCUGAGAGAGUUUCCUAGCAAUGCUUGGCAUGUCAUCCUUUGA